GAGAAAACCUAAAUACAUUAAAAUCUCUCGAACUCUCCCACGACUAACCCCUGAUAGCUUGAACAAAGGGAAAACCAAGUUUAUAAAACAAUCCAUCAGUGCAGCUGUUUUUCCCCCAAAUACCAUUAACAGCGACCGGAAAAAAGAUGGAGAGAAUUGAAGGUAUGUUAGGCCCUGAAGACAACAAAUCAAGAACAUUGAGCCCUUAUGUGACUGGAACAUCUGUGCUAGGUAUUAAGUACAGAGAUGGAGUUCUCAUGGCUGCUGAUAUGGGAGGUUCAUAUGGUUCAACUCUGCGGUACAAGAAUGUGGAACGAGUUAAACCAGUUGGAAAACAUACUCUUGUCGGUGCCAGUGGAGAAAUAAGUGAUUUCCAGGAGAUCAUGCGUUAUCUUGAUGAACUUAUCUUGUACGACAACAUGUGGGACGAUGACAAUUCUUUGGGCCCAAAAGAGAUUCACAACUAUUUAACUCGGGUGAUGUAUAAUAGGCGUAACAAGUUUGAUCCACUUUGGAACUCACUUGUCGUUGGUGGAGUAAAAAAUGGCAAGAAAUAUCUUGGCACGGUCAGUAUGCUAGGAGUGCAUUUUGAAGAUGAUCACAUAGCAACCGGCUUUGGGAAUCAUCUGGCCCGGCCAAUCCUCCGUGCUGAACAUAGUAAUGACAUGAGCUUUGAAGAUGCUGUUAAGUUGCUGGAGAAGUGCAUGCUCGUACUUCUUUAUCGUGAUAGAUCUGCAAUCAACAAGCUUCAGAUCUCGAAUAUUACUGAAGAAGGGGUUACAAUUUCACAGCCUUACUCUCUGAAAACUUUCUGGGGUUUGUCGGCUUUCAAAGAUCCAACCAAGGGUGCCCAAGGUUCAUGGUAGUGACAUUGUCCUUUAAUGUCUUGACAUGUAUUAAAAGUUGACCUUUGUUGAACUAGAGAUGAUAAGUUGCUUUGCUUAUGACUUGGCCCCUUUCCUUCCAUUUUAUCGAAUUCAUUGGGUUAUCUGCUUAAAACGCAAACUGAUUUUAUGCUUCAUUCCUUACUUCUUGGUUUGUUUUUAUUAA